UUGCUUAUUGUGUAUGUCUUUUUCUAAUUUAUUUUUAUUUUUUAUGGAAUUCUCUCAUCUGUUCAUAGGUUGCGGUGGCGGAGGGAGAAAUCGCAGACCACAAAACGAGCAAACCGCGCACGUCGACGUUUGUUUAGCAACUAAUGUCGUUAUUCUCCAAGCCAGGUUUUGUUGGAGCCAGCUUAUGUACAGAGUGCGAGAAACGUAUUCGAGUUACAUAUAUACAAACCGUAGAAAAAUGUUAUCGGAGGCAUCAACUGUUGCAACAACAAGUGAAGAUACACGGCGAGAUGGUGAUGCUGACUCACAUGCUUCCACAGAGACUUUGGCGGACCACAUAUCCAUAACAAUAGAUGGUGAAAAACAUUGGGUGUCUGGCGUGGAUGCAAGCACCACCUGUGCAGAUUUGGUUUGUGCGCUACUUAGUUACCAGCAGCAACCUCAGGCAGUAUCAACAGCAGCAGCAAGUGUAGCUGACGGUCUGACUAGACCAAAGAUCACCAAAGACCUGGAACAGUUCAAAGAGUUGAGUAAAUUACACGAUCAUGUGAUUGUCAAGCAGCUACGCAACUGUCACCUCGAAGAGUAUUUGGAUGGCAGCUGUCGUAUACUCGAUGUCGUACCGCCAGCAGAUACUGCUGCUCGAAAACAGUGUGAGCUGCAAUUGCGUAAUCUCGUCAGAUCGUCGUCUAGAGCAUCCAAUCAACAACAACAGCAGCAGCAGUUGUUCUCCAUGCUUUCAAUCUCCACGGAUAAGGACAGCGGCAUGGGCAGUCCGGUGGGUAGUUCACGCAGUGAACGAUUUCGCCGGCGGCGUCUUAAACAAAAAUCCCUGCUGACUACAACAGCAAAUGAAGUAAAGCAGCCGAAAGAAGCGCAUUCAAAUUCAAAUGAUCGUCUCAUGCAUAUAAUAUUGGCCCAAGAUGCAACAAUAAACAGGCAAAUGUAUUUGCUAAAUGAAAAGGAGCAGCAGAUACUGAAAAUUGAGCAUGCGCAGCAUCGUGUGCGUGAACAAGAGCUGGGGAAAAACUAUCUUUUGGAUGCGUACCUAAAUGCACUACCAGAAGCAACUCCAUGCCAGCAGGAUAUAAGUCUGGUCAAGGACAAGGAAUCAUCGAACAGCUGUGACCAUCCAAGCGAAGAACUGCAAAUAUGUUGGCUCGAAAAGGUUUAUGCAUUGAAUAAGCAGCUGCAACGCGAGGAGGAGCAACUUUUGCGCUUACAUGGAAAAGUACGCAAGCAACAGGUGCGCUACGCUUAUCAAACCAAGGACGAUGUCUUGCAACAAAUCGAUAGACUCGACUCGGAGUUGACCGCCCAAGUUGCUGACAUCUUUCGCGUUGAGCGUCAACUACUUAUGGCCAAUGAGCAGCUAAAAGCAAAACUUGGCGUGCUGGAGUGUUUGGGACUAGAGUUUGAAGCGCCAGCUUUACUGCAGUUGCAAAACGGUGAAGUCGAGGCAAAUCGGUCGCAUCAACCAAUUACUUCCAAUUUGGGUGAAGAUUGUGUGCAAAAUUUACGUUUAACAAUAGAAAAGCCGGCGUGUUUCGAUCCUGAUCCCGAUGUGAAGCAACUGCUUAAAAAGAACUCCAAUGAGCAAGUCCUAGCUGGCACUAAGCAGCUGGACAAGCAAAUGUUUAGCUCGCAUAAGGUAAGCUUCAUAUCAAAUACAGUUCAAGCCAGAAAUUCCAAUACUCAGAAUCGGUUAACGUCUGCAUUAACCAACAUUCAACACUUAGGCACUCUUGUUUGACUUGAUUUUUCAUUUCAUUUAACAAAUAUGUGUAAUUUUAUAUUCGCAUUUGCAUAUACAUACAUUAUAAAUUUGACUCAAUAU